GAUCAAACCUUCUAUCCCCUGAAUUUUUAUUGUUAAAAAUACUCUUUCCCCACAUUCAUUUUCUUUCUCUUUGGUAUUGUUCCCUGUUCUAUUGGAUUGAAGCAGAUAGCAAGAAAGGUUGCAAAUUAAGGAUAUGGGAUUCCUAAGCACUUUCUUGGGGAUUAUUGGGUGUGGGAUUGGUUUCCCAAUUGGUCUUUUCAUUGGCUUCUAUUUCUUCAUCUACUCCAUGCCUCAAGAGAUUCAGGACCCAAAUAUCAGGCCUCUCUUUGAGCUUGAGACUGAUAUAUUGCAAAAUCUUAUUCCUGAGAUUCCACUUUGGGUUAAAAAUCCAGACUAUGAUCGAGUUGACUGGUUAAACCAAUUUAUACUUGAAAUGUGGCCAUUUCUUGACAAGGCUAUUUGUAGCAUUAUCCGGAGCACGUGCGAGCCUAUGUUUGCAGACUACAUAGGGAAGUAUAUGGUAGAGAAGAUUGAGUUUGAGAAUCUUACUCUUGGAACUCUUCCACCAACCUUUCAAGGUUUAAAAGUGUAUGAGACAAAUGAAAAGGAAUUAGUGUUGGAACCAUCCAUAAAAUGGGCAGGAAAUGCAAAUGUUAUUGUCUCAAUAGAGCUAUUAUCCGCCCGAAUCAGACUCCAGUUGGUGGAUUUACAAUUUUUUGUGCUGCCGCGAGUUACUCUGAAACCUCUUGUGCCAACAAUUCCAUGUUUCACAAAUAUUAUGGUGUCUUUGAUGGAAAAGCCACACGUUGAUUUCGGAUUUAAAGUUCUUGGGGGAGACUUCAUGGCAAUUCCAGGCCUAUAUCGAUUCGUUCAGGAAACUAUCAAAAAACAGGUGACAAAACUGUACCAUUGGCCCCAAACUCUUGAAAUACCAGUUCUAUCCCCAACAUCAGUGACCAUGAAGAAGCCGGUUGGAAUAUUGCAUGUAAGAGUGGUCAGGGCUGCGAAACUCCUGAAAAGGGACUUGUUGGGACUAUCUGAUCCAUAUGUCAAGAUACGGUUGAGCGGAGACAGGUUUCCCGCCAAGAAAACAUCCAUCAAGAAGAAAACACUGAACCCCGAAUGGAAUGAGACUUUCAAGCUUACUGUGAAGGACCCACAGACCCAACUUCUCAACCUUGAUGUCUUUGAUUGGGACAAGGUAGGCGGACACGAUAAACUUGGGAAACAAGUAUUUCCUUUGAAAAACCUGAAACCGAACGAGACAAAGGAGGUGACUCUAGACCUGCUAAAGAGCACAGACAUAGACAACGAUCUUGACAAGAAGAAGCAGCAGCAGAGAGGGAAACUUGUGGUUGAGUUGACAUAUGCUCCUUUUCGAGAAGGUAGCGAGGGGCUUAGUGGUCAUUUUGGAAGUUUCAAUUCAUCAAGCAGUGAAGUUAAUUCAACCACGAGAUCAGCAGGCUUGUUAUUGGUCACCAUCAAAGGAGCUCAAGAUGUUGAAGGCUCUCGUCACAACAAUCCCUAUGUGGAGAUAUUCUUCAGAGGUGAAAAGAAAAAAUCUAAGGUAAUGCGGAAAGCGCGUGAUCCACAAUGGGACGAAGACUUCCAGUUCAUGGUUGAAGAGCCUCCAAUGAAUGAGAAGAUUCACCUUCAGGUCAUGAGUAAAAAGAAAGUCUUUGGCUUUAGAUUCUUCAAGGAAGCACUGGGGCAUGUGGACAUAAACCUUGAUGAUGUGAUCCACAACGGGAGGAUAAACGAGAAGUACCACCUUAUAGACUCAAAGAAUGGAAUCAUACAUGUCGAAUUGGGAUGGAAAACCAUAUGACUGUAAUGCAUGAAUCACACAACAUAUAUAGAACAAAACUGUGUGAAAAUGUAAAAACCAUACAUUAUAGCUUGUACGUUAGUGAACCACACGAUGACGGAUGACUAUACGUAGA